AUGAUGAACAUGUCAGUUGUGGUGUUUGUCAAAGUGUGCAGGAAGUGGAAAAUCUUGGCCUCAGACAGCAAUUUAUGGUUUAACUUAUUUGAAGAAAGAUGGGGCAUAGAUCGUGCCACAUUUUAUGCCCCCAUAGAUUCGAAGUCAUGGAAAGAAGUGUAUGCAGUACAAGAUCGUUGUGAUCGAAUUGGAAUGGGGUGGAAGAUAAUAAGGGAAGGACAUGAGUACUACCUUGUCCAUCAAGGUGAAAUUCAACGAUAUUUGGGUUCAAGAAGACAGCUAGAGAGAGGAAAUGGUAGCAGUUUAGUUAGCUCAGGAAAAGGCCUUGCAGGACCUUUGGAAGAAGAGGAACCUUGCAUGGGGAUUCUAGACCGAAUCAUUUUCUUCAUUGGGGACUUGGAAGCUGCUUCGGUAUGCGCCAAGCGAAGCCGGGUGUUNGUAUUCUGGACCGAAUCCUUUUCUUCAUUGGGGACUUGGAAGCUGUUUCGGUAUGCGCCAAGUGAAGCCGGGUGUUGUAAAUUGUUCUCAGUGAGAUGCUGA